AUGUCCAACCUCCGCCGCCGGCGGCCCUCAACAACAGAGUCCAUCCUCACCACCCUGCAGACGCUCGAGAAAAAGGCCGAGUCCAAACUGCUCCUCCUCUGGGACGACCUCCCCCCCUGGCGCCGUGACAACGCCUUCAUUCACUCGGGCUAUCGCCAAAUCCGUGCCUCGUACGCCCAUUCCUUCCAGUCCCUGUUCUACCUACAUAAUGAAUCCGUCAACAUCUGGACUCAUCUGCUCGGGGCCUUGGCGGCCAUCAUCUCCUCAUUCUACGUAUACUACGUCGUUCACCCGCGCUACGAAGCUGCCACCUCGUCGGAUGUGCUCGUCUUCUCGUGUUUCUUUGGCGGAGCCAUUCUGUGCCUGGGCAUGAGCGCGACCUUCCACGCCCUCGUGGACCACAGCGAGGCCGUGGCCAAAUGGGGGAAUAAGCUCGAUUACACGGGCAUCGUGGCCUUGAUUGUGGGGAGCUAUGUGCCGGCCCUGUAUUAUGGCUUUUUUUGUAGUCCUGCUUUGAUGUCGGGGUAUUUAUAUCUCAUUUGCACAUUGGGCAUCGGGUGCGCAGUAGUAUCCUGGGUAGAGCGCUUUCGCACACCCAAAUGGCGAAUAUACAGAGCAUCCAUGUUCAUCGGGCUCGGGCUUUCGGGUGUCGUUCCUGUUGUUCACGGCAUGUCGGUAUACGGGUACGCGGGAUUGGAGGAGCGCAUGAGCAUUAGCUGGGUUAUUGCUCAGGGCGCCAUGUAUAUCUUCGGCGCCGUCUUGUACGCGGCCCGUUGGCCGGAGAGGAGUUUUCCAGGAUCAUUUGAUAUCUGGGGCAGCUCGCAUCAGAUAUUCCACGUCUUCGUGCUCUUGGCUGCUGCAACGCACUUUUACGGCAUGGCUAAGGCGUUUGAUGCCCACCAUGGUAAUGGGCCGACUUGUGUUUGGUGA